AAGAUGUAAACCAUGACAAUUAUGCAUUAUGAAAAAUACUGAGAAGGAAAAUAAACGCUGUGAUGGAGGCAGAGAUGUUACUUGAGUGAUAAGGUGACAGGGAAGAUCUGAGAUCUAAGCUGAAACAUGAAGGUUGAAAAGAGCCAGACCAAGCACACUUUUGCUAAAUAAAUAUGUGUUGCAAGAAUAGAUGGAUGGAUUGAUAGAUGCAUGGAUGCACCGAUGAACAGAAAAAUCAGCAGAGUGGAUUUUGGUGUGAAAGAGUAUCACGCUGUAGUACCCAGUCCCUAGCAUGCUGAACACAAGAAAGUAGCGUGAGCAGAAUGGGACAGAAUGGGUCCCGAAUUCCCAACCUCGUUCUGUCCUGAGCUCGCACUGAACAGGUGGAUUGGGCCCUGGGGGCCGCUUGGGGGCGACGGAGAGCCCAUCCGUUUCCCUUUAAGGGCGGGGCGGAAGUCUGCGGUGUAGGGCCUUUGCGUCGGCGGGAGAGAAAUAGGUCUGCCCCUUUAAGAGGGCGGAGACGCUGAGUGGCGGCCGCUUCGAACGCGGCCUAGGGCGCCUACCUCCUGCUUCCGCGACCACCCUCCCUCGGCUCCCUCCUGGCUGGCAAAGACGCCUCUCUCCGACCUGUGUCCUGAGACACCAUCGCCCGGACUCCGACUCUCCUACCUGGGCCAAAGCCAAGGCCUCCGCGACCCCUAGAGUCGGGGUCUGCAAGGCCAAGCCGCGGGCCGGAGCCCACCGGCCGUCUCCAUGGCAUGCAGUCUGCAGAAGCUGUUUGCAGUGGAAGAGGAGUUUGAAGACGAGGAUUUUUUGUCUGCAGUGGAGAAUGCAGAGAACCAGUUUGCUGGCUCGGGGCCUGUGACCACUGGGUGCCUGCGACCUGUCUCUUCCCGGCCACAGGAGGCUGCACAGGCACGGGCUUCUGGGCAGCUGCUGCCAUGUCCCCCUGCUCCUUCAGAGGCUGUGGACCUGCCAGCCCCGGGGCUCCACCGUCCUACAUCCAGCAUGUCCUGGGCCAUCAGAGGUCAGCCUUCCACAGGAACAGCCCCCCUAGGGCCUGUUCCGACGUCUAGCAACUGGACUGGCGAUCAAAGAGUGACACUGACAGAAGUGCUCAAAGAGCCAGCAAGGCCCCAGUCCUCAGCCUCCCGCCCCCAGUUCACCUUUAAGAGUCAAGAGCAGGUGAUUUGUGGCUUUGAGGGGCCUGAACAAGAUGAAUUUGAUAAAGUUCUGGCAAGCAUGGAGCUGGACCUUGGAGUUAGCAGUGAGGCCACAGGAAUCCUGCCUGCCUGGCAGCGGGAAGACUCAGCAUUGGCUAAAAAGGCCCGGGUAGCUGAUCUGAACAGACCUUGCCAAGAGGGGCCCACGUCUGCCACCCACGUCACUGAUAUCGUGUCAGCCCAGGGUGAGCCUCCGGAGCCUGGUGUCCUCUGUGGGACUCCUCAGACCCACCUGAGACCUGGUGCCACGGCUAACCUUCCUGGCCCAGCUGCCUCAGUAGUUCAUGCCCAGCAGCCCCACUGGCAAGUCUCUCCCGAAGGUCCCCGUCUUCGAGCACCCCUGCCUCUCCAAGCUGCUGGCAGGCCCGUUCAGAGCAUCCCUCAAAACCGGCUCCCAGGCCCGCCGUUCCUGUUUCCAAACACCUGCUUGAGUGGCACACCUCAUCCUCCCAGCCCACGAACUCCCAGCUCAAGCUGCGCCACCCCCUCAACGACUGUUUUAGGAUUGUCUCCUUGGAGGCCCUUCCAACCCCGGGCUCCAUCGUCUGCUGUCCAGUCUCCUGCCAGCAUCCCAAAGGGCCCCCAGCCCUCUCCCGUUCCUCAGGCUGCUCUGCAGACGCCCAUAGUCACCAACCACCUGGUGCGGCUGGUCACUGCUGCCAGCCGGACGCCCCAGCAGCCCGCCCGCCCUGCCACCCGUGCCAAGACACGCCGCUUCCCUGGCCCCGCAGGGCUCCUGCCCCACCAGCACAGCGGGAAAAACCUGGACGACAUCAUGGUUUCCACGCCCCAGACUCCAACUCACGGUGCUCUGGCUAAACUCCGGACAGAGGUGGUUACUAGUUCCCAGGCAUCGGUGGAGGAGGACUUUGGACGAGGGCCCUGGCUGGCCAUGAAGUCGUCUCUGGGCCUGGAUGAGAGAGACCCCACCUGUUUCCUCUGUACCUACAGCAUCAUCAUGGUGCUGCGGAAGGCAGCCCUGAAGCAGCUUCCCAGAAACAAAGUCCCCAGCAUGGCGGUGAUGAUCAAGUCCCUGACUCGGAGCGCAAUGGACGCCAGUGUGGUUUUCAAGGACCCCACAGGAGAGAUGCAGGGCACGGUGCACAGGUUGCUGCUGGAGACCCGCCAGAAUGAGCUGAAGCCUGGCUCAGUGCUGCUGCUAAAGCAGAUCGGAGUGUUUUCUCCUUCACUCCGAAAUCACUACCUCAACGUGACGCCCAACAACCUGGUCCACAUUUACAGCCCGGAUUCUGGGGACGGCAGCCUCCUCGAGCCAUGCGAGCCCUUCCCCAAGGAUCCAGGAAGCUCCCACGAAAGCCUCCAGCACAAGACAGCGAAGCCUGGGAAAGACCUCAGAACAGCACAGAACCCAGAGGCGGGGGUGGAACAUCCAGAGGCAGGUAAGGCCGCCAGUCCACCCAGGAGCAAAAGAGCUUCUCCCUCUAUUUCCGCUUGUACAGCUCAGCCAGAUUGUUCUGGCUGCAUCUUUUUCCUCCUGUGACUCUUUGGACUUUGCAGAAUCUUAUAGAAUCAGAUGUGGUGUGUCCUCUGGCAAGGCUGCCGGCCACAAACUAAUUAACACAAAGAAUGCGAUCCACAGCUCCCCAUUUCCAGGCCACAAGGAGGACACAGACUGGCGCCUUCCUUGUGUCUUGUGUGGGCUGAUGUCCAGACUGCAGAGGCAGACUCUCCCAUCUUGACUAAGUUCCGAGGCCCUCCAGGCAGCGCUGAGGGCUCCUGCAUCUGUGUGGUUCAGGUGGAACCAGGAUACAGACCUGAGAGGCCCAAGUACAGACCUCUUAGGGCAGGGCCAGCUUGUUCCUCAGGAGGAGGCAUCACCCAGGUGAAGCUGACACAGCCCAGGUCUGGUCCCUAGCUCUUUGAUUCUGUUAAUUCAAUCUUGUUUGGCCCCAGAGUUCAUGGGAUUAUGGGUAGGUGUCUCCACAUUAACCAAAGUCACAGUAGACCAAUGGAUAAACUGCAUAAACUCAUUAUUUAUAUUGUGUGAAAAAGUGUCUAUCCUGUAUGCUGGAAUCUUCUCUAGAAUCUUGCACCCUCUCCUCGUAAGUCAGCGUGAUGUCAGGCUAAGCAUGAUGUCAGCCGUUGUCAGAAGGUUGCUGGUGGACGUCGAAUAGAGUGAGGCGGGCUGCCUGGAGACUGUUGUGGCUUGGUGUCACAUCUCCACUGUAGGGACAGACUUGCCGGGCAGACAGCUGCUGGCGGUGGCUGACCAGUGCUGGGAGACACAGAUGUGGAUUCCUCCUCUUGAUUCCCAUUUUCUUAGGCCCACACUGGCUGCUCAUUCCCCUUCAUUGAACCUAGCAUUUCUCCAAACGCUUGUAGUGUAGUUAGUGAGAGGCCUUUUUUUUUUUUUUUUUUUUUCGGCCAUGGUGUGCAGCAGCUUAAUGUGGAGUCUCAGUUCCCAGACCAGGGAUUCAGGGAUUGAACCUGCUCCACAGCAGGGAAAGUGCCAAAUCCUAACCACCAGACCACCAGUAGACUCCCAGCGACGUUUUUUGUUAUAAUCAGAUUCCAGUCCUACCUUCCUGAGUACAGUGCUGGUCACCUCGAUUAAAUUUUGAAUGCCCCCAACCUGACGUCUGUCCUUCCAGCAGCAGUGUUUGUCGAGUGCUCUGUGCCAGACGGGGAGCUGGCCUCUGCAGCUGGAGUCCCCGCCUGACUGACUCUGGGCCUCCUGAUCCCAUGCAUCUGGCGGGAGUUUUCUAGGUGGAGGCCGUGGCUCUGACAUCAAAUAGAUGCUCACUUGGGCAAGUUGUCAGCUUCUUUUAACUUGUUCUCUCAGGUAAAGUGGGGAUUAUAACAGGAACUACCACAAGAUGCCCUCUGAAGGGGCGCAGUGAGACCCCGAUGAAGCGAUGGGGGUAACAGGUGGCCCUGUGCCUGCCCCCAGGCCAGCAGCCUACGUGUUAGCUGCUGUUAUUAACAGCGUAGCAGUAGGGUUUACUGAGGUCAACUCUGUUGCCAGGUUCUCAGGCAUAAGCACCCCUUGUGAGAACUGGCGUCGGGAAUAGUUAAUUUCAUGCCAUCUGCCCACAAAGGGGAACAGUGAUGAUGGCUCCUGCUCUUCAGGUGAGGGACCAGAUUAGUGAACUGUGGUUCGGAAUACUUCCGGUGGUUUUCCCCGGCCUCGUGUCUCCCUCUGUCCAAUGAGAAGGUUGUACUAGGAGACUCUGAAGCCUUUCUGCUCAGGUACUGUGCCUCUCGAUGGAAAAAGAGGAGACCUGGCAGCCCAUGGGGAGCCUUUUUUCUUUUUUUCUUUUUUUAGGGCUGCACCUGCAGCAUAUGCAAGUUCCCAGGCUAGCGGUCGA